AUGGAUGCGGGCGCGGCAAUGGCCCUUACUCUUCCUCCUCCCCCCUCACCUCAUGCCUCCGACAAGACGCUCGAAACCCGCUCAACAGGCCACCCGGUCCUCUCUGCGGACACUUGCCCGCUCGCGGAAGUCACUCCCCUCGAAUGCACAAGCCACGCAGGGGGCAAGCUCGAGCUCGGGGGGAACCUCGACGCCCCCUCCCCCCCUCUCCGACAUCUCAAGGCAUGA